GGGAGAGUACUGUGAGGGCAGCUUGCUUGUUUAUGCGGGGAGCAACAAUUUAUGCAUUUUAUUACUAAUUUACGUAAACAUUCUACAACUUUGAGGCUGAAACCAACAUCUAAGGGAAGGGAAACCCUUCCAGAGAGUACUGAACUAAAAUGAACAGCACAUCCUCACUUCCAGUCAAUAUGCACUAACUGAUUUGAGCAGAGCGAUGACUCCGUUUGACGAUUUUCUGUAUUUGGUCAAUUCCAUUCUCUUAGGAGAAGAGCCCUCUGUGGAAGAUUUUAUUCUGCUGAUUGGGACGUUUGUUGCGUUCGUGGCGUUUGUGCUGUGGUGUUGCUUCCCCAUCGUGCCCAAGGAAACCAACAACCUGACGCCGCCGCUGCACUACGAAACGCGGUACAACCAAUAUCGAAAGGUCUCCGACAUGGAUUACAAUAGUGGACUCUAAAACUUUAAAAUCUCAACCAACCCAAGAAGGCUGUCAGUUGGAAAAGUAUUAUUUUCGUUGUCAAAUGAAACGCGUAUUAUUUUGCAAAUUAUUGCGCAGGGCAAUACACACAAAAAGCUGCUCAAAAUUAGCUCCCACUUGAUUGAAUGAGGAAAAUCUGAAUGUAACAUGGUAGCAUUUUUUUCUACUACAGUGUACGCGUGUUCUGCACAACGUACUUAUAACACUGUCUAAGUCAAUUUAUGCUGUUGUUCAGUCAUUAUAGAUGUUUUUUAUCUAGUCCUUUUUUAGUAUUCUAAUUUACAAACUGUCACUAUAUAUUUCAUUUAUUAAAUGACGACUGCCUAAUGUGUAGCGUUUGUGCGUGUUAAAUUCAAAUAAUAAAUGAGACAAAUUUUCAUCAAGAA